UUACGUAUUUUGACUCUUCUGGCUUUCCGUACUCUGCGUCCGGCAGUGGUUCUCCGUGCCGCUAGCCUAGCUGGCUGCAGUUUGCUGGUUAGCUCGCACCGGGAGAAAGAGACAAUGGCCGAUAUGCAUCCCCAAGAUGACCUGCUGAAAAUGACACACCGAGACAGCUGGAGGUGGGGGGGCCUCUUUCCGUUUGCACCCACAUUUUAGACGGUGCAGCAUGAGCGUCUGCACGUGAAGCACCGCGGUCACGAAGCCAUGCACGCGGAGAUGGUGCUCAUCCUCAUCGCCGCGCUGGUGGUGGCGCAGAUCGUCCUGGUGCAGUGGAAGCAGCGGCACCACCGCUCCUACAAUCUGGUAACUCUGGUCCAGAUGUGGGUGGUCCCUCUUUACUUCACCAUCAGACUGUACUGGUGGAGGUUCUUGUCCAUGUGGGGCAUGUUCUCCGUCGUCACCAGCUACGUCAUCUUCAGAGCCACCCGCAAGCCGCUGUCCUGCAGGACCCCCAGGAUGGUCUACAAGUGGUUCCUGUUGAUCUACAAGCUGAGUUAUUUAGUGGGCAUCCUCGGCUACAUGGCCAUCAUGUUCACCAUGUUCGGCUUCAACGUCUUCCUCAGGAUCAAGGCCGAGGACUCGAUGGACGUAGGUGUGAUCAUGCUGUUUUAUGGGCUUUACUACGGCGUCAUGGGCAGAGACUUCGCAGAAAUCUGCUCUGACUACAUGGCCUCUACAAUCGGGUACUACAACAAGGGGGCCAUGCCCAGCAGGAGCCUGACCAACGACAUUUGUGCCGUGUGCGGACAGAAGAUCUUCGUGGAGGUGGAGGAGGAAGGAUUCAUAGAGGACACCUACCAGCUCUCCUGUGGACACAUAUUCCAUGAGUUCUGCAUCCGGGGCUGGUGCAUCGUGGGUAAGAAGCAGACGUGUCCGUACUGCAACGAGAAGGUCGACUUGAAGAGAAUGAUGAACAACCCCUGGGAGAAGACUCAUGUCCUCUACGGGCAGCUGCUUGACUGGCUCAGGUACCUGGUUGCCUGGCAACCCAUCAUCAUCGGUAUUGUUCACGGGAUUAACUUCUCUCUGGGCCUUGAGUAGAGCCCUGAGGAGCGCCGCUCUAUGUGUGGAGUCAUGCAAAGGGCAAGAAGCAUUUGGUGGCAAACAGUGGAGGUCGGUGCUACGAGAUGCUGCUUCGGUCCUUUGUUUCCUCUGUACGUGGUGGUUGACUGAACACUUGCACAGUUCACCACAGAGGUUCCUCCGGUGGUCUGGGUCUCUGUGCAGAGGACGCUGUGAUCCCAAAACCGCUGCCAACGUGAAUAAACAUACUUGAGUAGAGAUCCAGUAUUUAGUCGGUUCAAAGAAAGACGUCUACCUUGGUAAUGUUGCUACUAUGCACGUUGUUUGUGUUCAUUGUUUACUUUGUGCUGCACAGAAAUGCUGUUUUAACAGUUUGUGUAUUUGUCUUCUCACUUCUGUUGACACCACUAAUGGACCUGAUCAUCACUUGACAGGCUGCAGCUCUUUGCACAUCGAUUUACAAAAGGACAGUUCUGUCAGUAGCUGAUGUACAUGAAACCUGAUUACUUUUAAUUUAAAUUAGUUUAUACUGUAAAGUUUAAUUUGAAGUGUCUGGUGCAUCAUAUUUAAUUUAAAUGAAGCUAAGGUUGAUGGGAAGUGAUCAACAUAUUGUAGCAGGUGAAGUUACUGUCAUUAUGUUUCUGAAUGAGGUGAUCCCCUCCGCCAUCAGAUUAAAUAAUGCAGGAUAAAGAUGAGGUAAGAGGUAGACUACUUUUGGAUUUGUUUCUCUGGACAUUCAGUGGGUUUGACCAGAAGUUUUCCAUCUGUCAGGAAAAUGACUUUCUUUUGUCAAAUCCACUAGAUGCUUUCUCACCUGCUGCUGAUAUCAACUUCCUUUUAAAUAAAUAUCUAUAAAAAGGCAUCAGUGUCCAAAGGUAACGUGAUCACACCUGAAUGUCAUGGUCUCUACAGAAAGGUGUCUUUGGGGCUUCACUCUAAUAUAUAGUGAUCAAAUUGACAGGACUUUAGUCUGAUUUGACACUGAUCCAACUCUGUGCUGCUCUUGUGAAAUACUGAGCUGAGUCAUGCAGAAAGAAUGAGAAUGCGGGAAACAGCCCAGUCCGUUCAUUACAGCUACAUGUAGAUGUGCUGUCUACGGGAAGCUGUAAGGAACAUUUCUAAUGUAAAUGUCACCUGUGUUUCUGACACUGCUGUGCAGUGUCCUGGUAUCUGAUGAGACUUGGCAGACACACUUCUGUUUGGGUCAGUGUAAGUGUGCAGCCUCAAUAAACUAUGAGAAGUAUCUAGUACAGCACACAACAUACUGUAAACACCCCAGGUCAGGCUCGGGGUUUGAAGAGGUCAAACUUGUCCCUUGUUCAAAAAUGAUUUUAUCCUGGAUCAACAUAUUUACAAUAUGAGUUGCUAGUUUAAUGAGGUCAAAGUAAAAUCUUAGUAAAAGGUUUUGACUCCAACACACAAGUGUACACUGUGCUUUACUUGGUGUAACUGGCUCAUAACGGUUAAUAAACAGUUAAUAAACCAGAGACCAGCCCAGAGCAGAGGAGCCCGCCUUUUCCUGUAUGAGCGCGAGGUUUUGCAGAGCGGAACGACAGAAGUUCAGUCAACAUCAAAGUUCUUUUAGUCGCUGACUCCACGACGGUUUCCAGCCACUUCCUCAGGGUUUGGGUGGAGAGUGUGGGUGAAAAUGCCUCCCAGAAAACGAAAGAAUGAGGACAUCAGCAAAUAUUUUGUUAAAAAAAGUGACAGUCCUGGCAGCGUCAGCAGAGCCGGAGCAGAGAGCCCACGGCCAGGCGGGGCCGGAGCAGGGAGCCCACGGCCAGGCGGGGCCGGAGCUUCUCAGACUGCUGCAGGCCGUGACACGAGAAUGAAGAAAGAGCAUGACGCUGAGACUCCAGUGAAAGUGAAGGGGGAGGAGGAUGGUGAUACCAAGGGCAGACAAUUCCACAAAGUUCACUCAUUCAGAGUGAAAUUCAAGGCCAGUGACCCGGAUGAAUACGAUGUUUCCUGUCAUGACCCCUGCACAGUGCUGGAGGCAAUUAAAUUAACUGAAAAGUAUAAAGAGGAGAUUAAUAGGAACAAAUGGUUAGAUGAAAACGUUGUCAUUCGGCUGGGUCAGGGAGAUGAGGAAUCUACUGUUGCAACCCAUUUUCCUUGUACUUGUAUCAGCAAUAGGGAGCUGGUUACCAUAUCCUGUCAACGAAAAACAGCUGAGAAGAUCCAAGACCAAAAUUACACGAUAUAUCCCAGGGAAGAAUACUCUGUCUUCUACAUUGAUACUAUGGCAGGA